AUGCGGGUAAAAUUUAGGAGAAAACCGAGUUUUUGCAAUACUAAGAGCGAGAGCGUCUUUCUAUCGGCGUCCAUGACUGACGCAGUGAUCGGCUCGCUUUGCGAGCGAUUUACAACUCGACUUAAAGAAAAUUCUUCGUUUAACUAUAACCGGCAUCGGUUCUUCCGCAACGGCACCGUGAAAAAGGUUUUUGAAAGCAACCAGCAAGAUUUGCGAGAACUGCUGCGAAGUCUGUGUCAGGCUAAUGGCACACCCCUCACCCAAGUACCGGACCUUCUACGAAGAACGUUAACGGACCUUAGCUUGACUUUUGCAAUACUUCUAUUCGCCCGCGGGCGCCAGGAAAGAGAUGUUGUGCGACAGUUCGUGGACCUCGCACUUGCGACAGGCGCUGACCGGUUCGCCGAUACAAAACUCCCCAUCCCCCUCGAGACUGCGACCUUCCGAUUUCCCCUCCAAGGAGUCGAAUUUUACCACAAGCAGUUUCGGUUCUGCACCGUCACGCUGAUGAAACGCGAAGAAGUCGUAUACGAGGAAUAUCGGCUCCAAUGCCCACUGCCGUAUCUUCAGGAGACAAAGAUUGGAGAAGGCGCUUUCGGUCAGGUGUGGAAGGUACGCAUCGAAGAACAGCAUUUCCAGUCACGAUCCGAGCGUACAGCGAAUACAGAAGCACUGGAGCUUGCACGAAAAGACUUUCAGUUACGCCGAGAGGGUAGAGGGGAGCAAGAGAUUUUGGACAAGAUCCUGGACCAGCCACGUCGACACAAAAACAUAAUGGUGGCGCUGGCGAGUCUGCAAUACGGACCCACGUAUAGUUUGUUUUUUCCACUCGCGUCCUGCAAUUUAUGGCAAUACUUGAACGGAGUUUACUCCGAAGAUCGAUUUCCUCCGUCUACGUGGGAAGAAAAGAAGGACAUCUACUCGCGUGGGGUGACGUUAGCCGGAGCACUGGCGUUUCUUCACCAUGAAUUUCGGAACCAAAAGUUGGAGGUAUUUUCAUGCUACCAUCUUGAUCUCAAGCCACAUAAUAUACUGGUCUUCGAUGCAUAUGGCCCGUCCGAGACAUGGAAAAUCACGGAUUUCGGACUAUCCCGGGUUAAGGGUCGAGGGCUAGAUGGCGAAGCUGAUGUGGAGCUCGUAAUGCCUAUCAUAGGAAGAGGCCAUGGGAGACAAAGGCAUAUCCAGGAGCCGUCGACGUUAAAUCGAAGAGGGGAAGGUACUUACCUUGCUCCUGAAUGCUCAUUGCCUAGUGGCCGGGUCAGCUCCGCGAGCGAUGUUUGGUCGUUUGGGUGCAUCAUCAGUUUGGUGAUGUCAUAUAUUGAUUCAGGAUAUAGCGGCGUGGUGGCAUUUGCGAGACAACGGCGCAGACAGGACCAUGGGGACAAGUUUUACACAAUUCGACAUGGGAAGCCAAAGCUUUCACCGGUAGUCAUUGCUUGGUACGAGAAGCUAAAGCACAGAGCGCGAGCAAGUUCGUUUGCGAUGGAGCACGAGGUCGUAUCACGAACACUCGACUUUUUGCAGAAAUAUGUACUGCACCCUAUUCGCGAUCAACGCGUUAGUUCCAGAGAGGUGGAGGAUACGCUAGCAUCAAUAAGUGGUGUAUUUCAUCGACGACCAUCGGAAACGCGGAGCAGGUGGCGGCUGCGACGACCUUCCUUCUCAUCAGCAUAUACUCCUAGCUACGAGAAACUCCAUAUCGAGACAAGUGUACCCAUUCUUGGAACCGCAUUUGCACCGGGCGGCGAUCUUUUGUUGUUUCAGUCUCAGCAGAAAGUCCAGGUAUUUUUCCUCGACGAAAUCCUGUCCGCUGUAGAGCAGCUCCCGAAACCGCGGGUGAUAAAUAUUCCUAGGGCAUCAUUAGAAUGCGUUGCAAGUAGCUCAGGGUUUAUCUGUGUCUGCCUCGCUAGGGCAUGCUUCGAGUGCGUCUUUUACGAAACCACCACCUCAUCCGAGUCGCAAGGAAAUAGUAUUUUGCAGGGCUCAAGAGUCUACUAUCCACACAUGGGCUCUAUCAAGAAUGUUGCCAUGUCCGCUGAUGGGCUUCUGACAGCAUUCGUCAUCGUACGAACCCCCGGAGGCUCUGAUUCAGACGCCCUCUUAUACCUUUCAACCACGCAGGAUCUCUUGAACAAUGCAAGCGAAGGCGGCAUCCUACCAAGACUCUGA